UUCAAUUAAAGCCCAUUACAAGAACUAACUACAUGCUGUUUUGUCUUCAGAUGAAGAAAAGGAGAUUAGACCCAAAAACAAAAAACAAAAAACAAAAAAUUGAGGGGAGGAAAAUAAAGUAAAAGGGGGAGAAAUCGUAAAUACCAAGAAUAUAAGUUUUGUCUGCACAGCAAGACUGUGACAACUAACGUUUGAGUGCACUCAAAGUUGCAUACUUGAGGUUUUCUCUUUAGAAGAGUCUUUCCACUUGGUUUUGAUGAUGGACUGGAUGAAUUCCAUGUCAGUUUCUCUGUAUAAUCAAACAACACAGGUGACAUCUUUGACUAUCAGAUAGAGAAGAUAGAUCAAGAUGGAGGCACUUGAAGCAUUCAAAGCCAAAUGUACUUAAUCACAAACACUCAAUUGUGACCACUUUACCGCCCCAAAACUAAGAUCAUUCAAAGCCAAAUUCGAUGAAUGCAUAAUUGUGCAACCAACAAUUUUCUCCAAUCUCAGUAGAGUUAUCAAGCCACAGUUACAUCAGCUUCAUGGGUAAGCAACAGCAUUACAAGGAAGCACUUGACGUAUUUUAUUCCUAUCUGAAGAGCUCAAGUACCAAGCUAGAACCAAGUACAUAUUCACAAUUUAUCUCGGCGUGCGCCCACUUUAGAUCUCUUGAAUAUGGCAGGAAAAUCCAUUUUGACAUUUUAAAGUCCAGCUUCCAACCAGGCAUUAUUCUCCAAAAUCAUAUACUUAAUAUGUAUGGAAAAUGUGGCUCUAUGAAGGAUGCUAGACAAGUUUUUGAUGCAAUGCAUCUGCGAAAUGUGGUCUCUUGGACUUCAAUGAUCUCCGGAUACUCACAGAAUGGUCAAGGGAAUGAAGCUGUCGUCAUGUAUAUUCAAAUGCUGCGAUCAGGUUUUUUUCCAGACCAGUUAACUUUUGGAAGCAUAAUUAAGGCUUGCUGCAUUGCAGGGGAUAUAUAUUUAGGCAGGCAACUGCAUGCCCAUGUCAUUAAAUCAGGGUUUGGUGGCCACUUGGUUGCACAAAAUGGUCUUAUUUCAAUGUAUACAAAUUUUGGACAAGUUGCACAUGCUUCAGAUGUGUUUACCAUGAUUUCUAUAAAGGACUUAAUUUCUUGGAGCUCCAUGAUUAGAGGGUUUACCCAACUUGGUUAUGAGAUAGAAGCUCUGUAUCUUUUCAGAGAUAUGCUAAGACAGGGUGUUUAUCAGCCAAAUGAGUUUGUACUUGGCAGUGUUUUCAGUGCUUGCAGCAGUCUUCUGGAGCCAGAAUAUGGAAGGCAAAUUCAUGGAAUAUGUGCUAAAUUUGGUUUAGUGAGGAACGUUUUUUCUGGAUGCUCCCUCUGUGACAUGUAUGCCAAAUGUGGAUUCCUACCUUCAGCGAAGACAGCAUUUUAUCAGAUUGAAAGCCCCGAUUUAGUGUCGUGGAAUGCAAUUAUUGCAGCAUUUGCUGACAGUGGUGAUGCUAAUGAAGCCAUAUCUAUUUUCCGUCAGAUGAUGCAUAUCGGAUUGAUCCCAGACAGCAUUACUUUCCUGUCCUUACUUUGUGCUUGUACUAGCCCCAUGGCACUCAACCAAGGCAUGCAAAUUCAUUCUUACAUUGUCAAAGUAGGUUUCAAUAAGGAAGUAGCCUUAUACAACUCUUUGCUAACCAUGUACACAAAGUGCUCAAAUCUACAUGAUGCACUCAGUGUUUUCGAAGCUAUCAGCAAAAAUGCCAAUUUGGUAUCUUGGAAUGCAAUUCUUUCAGCAUGCUUGCAGCACAAACAAGCAGGAGAGACUUUCAGAUUAUUUAAACAAAUGCUUUUUUCUGAAAAUAAACCUAACAUGAUCACUAUAACUAACUUAUUAGGUACUUGUGCUGAAUUGGCAUCUCUGGAAGUUGGGAAUCAAGUCCACUGCUUCAGUGUUAAAAGUGGGCUUGUGCUUGAUGUUUCUGUGAGCAAUGGAUUGAUUGACAUGUAUGCAAAGUGCGGAUCAGUUAUACAUGCUCAACGUGUUUUCGAUUCAACCGAGAACCCGAAUGUUAUCUCAUGGAGUAGUUUAAUUGUUGGUUAUGCUAUGUCCGGACUUGGACAUGAAGCUCUUAAUCUCUUCAGAAAGAUGAGGAAUCUUGGUGUUCGGCCUAAUGAGGUCACAUAUGUGGGUGUUCUCAGUGCAUGCAGUCACAUUGGAUUGGUGGAGGAAGGCUGGAACUUGUAUAAUACCAUGGAAGAGGAACUAGGAAUUCCACCAGCAAGAGAGCACUUCUCUUGCAUGGUUGAUCUGCUUGCUCGUGCUGGAUGCUUGUAUGAAGCAGAGACUUUUAUUAGGAAAACAGGAUUUGAUCCUGACAUUACUACGUGGAAAACUCUACUUUCUUCUUGUAAAACUCAUGGUAAUGUUGACAUUGCCGAGCGGGCUGCAGAAAAUAUAUUAAAACUUGAUCCAUCUAAUUCUGCUGCACUGGUGCUACUUUCUAGUAUACAUGCUUCCGCCGGCAAUUGGGAAGAUGUUGCCAAACUAAGGAAGGUGAUGAAACAGAUGGGUGUACAAAAGCUUCCUGGUCAAAGUUGGAUAGAAGUUAAGGACAAGUCAUAAGAUCCAUGUGUUCUUCUCAGAAGACUGUUCACAUCCACAAAGGGACAAAAUCUAAACAAUGCUUGAAGAGUUAUGGUCACAGGUGCUUGAUGAUGGCUAUGAUCCUGCUCAGAGGUUAGGCAUCCGCAUCAGCAUUUGGUAGGUACUAGGUAGUCCGUUGGUAAUGUGGCAUUGGAGCCACACUGUUCUGCAACAAAAGGGGAUCCAGGCUCCAGUUAAGCAAAGACACUCAUCUGCUGUUGCUGUUGGUAUUGAUUUAAGACUCGGUUUGGACCGUCCGGUUAGAUCACUUUGACUGGUAACCAGCCACAUGACCAUCUGAUAUGCAAUACAACGGGUGAAAACUGGUUCGACUUCACCAAUUUGGUGCCAUAAAACAGCCUGCUGAUUGACUCACCAGAUGGUGCAACCCUGCUGGUGUUGAUUAUCUGGGAUCCUUUUCUUCAGAGUUAUGUUCUUUGAAUUCCAUCUGAUAGAAAUUUUGCAUAUGAUGUUACAACAUAUUGCAUAAUCCAAACUUUAAGCAACUGUAACCUGGUGGGAUAAGAAGGAUUCUCCACGAUUCAUGAAAUUCAUAUAAAAGGUAAUCAAAUAUAAUGGGAAGAAGAGGAUACCUUUGUAUGGGAUUUAGAAUACAACCAUUGGAUCAUGUAUCUUAUGAGACAGUGUGUUUGAUAGACAACCAAAUGACGGUUGAGCAGUUUAUGGUACAGUUACCUUCCAUAUGUAGCUAAAACAUGUGCUUGAACACAGGGUAAGAAAACGAACUAAACUGAUUAAAGUUAGAACUCCAAAUCAUUUUAAUGCACUGUAAGAAAUUUUGUUGAGUACUUACUCCAUUUGUUAGAGACACUCUUAAUACACCAAAAUGUAAAAUCUCAUCAUUAAUCA